GGAGGUGUAAGCAAUGACAUCAUCGUUCCAUAUGAUCGUCUAUGUAUCGCGUGCUCCAUCCUAAAAUCCGCAUACAUGAUUCAUCACACUUCAUGCUGAUUUGACUAAUGAUCUUAUGCUACACCCUACCGUAUGUUAAGGGUUUUUUGAUAGGAAGAAUCGAAAACCGUACGCACGCACCUACACCUACCUACUGAAUGGAUCGCCCUCCCAUAGUUUGAGAGUCAUUCGCACUGGAGAUCGCGUCAAAGAUAUUGCUUGACUGCUGUAAACAGUACCUAACCGUCACGAUCGUUGAUCGGUGUGUGAGAGACACUCCAUGGGGAAGCUGUGUGGAAGUCGAUCGUACUAGUGAUCGGCAUACCGCGUACCGGGUGUCAGAUGAAUUUAACCGUUCGAUGUGCGCGGAGUACAAUCCCGUCGGUUCGUGAGGUUCGAACUGUGAUUGAUUUUUAACUCGCGAAAGUGUUAAGUGUUAAGUUAAGUGAGAAGAAUGAGUUAUUUGUACGAUUAUGUGGAGCGAUAUCUACCAACAUCGUGGCGAAGGAAGCGUAUCCGUCGUCCGAUCAUAUGGUCUUCUCCCGAGUAUUCUCCAUCGGCUGAAGUACUGACGGUAAGAUCUGUCGAUCUUUGCACUGAAGAAAAUGGCAAGGAUCACCACACUAAGCGGUAUGAAUUGAUGAGCCGGGACGAAUAUAGUGGCAAGAUACCGAAGCUAGUCGUACGCCGUGGACAACCGUUUCGGUUGCGCUUGAUAUGCGAUCGACCGUACGAUCGAAGUCGGGAUGCGCUGAGUUUAAUUUUUACCGUAGCCGAUGAGGAUCAGCCAACACACGGACAUGCGACUUUGGUUGGUAUUCCGGUCAAUCAAUUACCGGAGCAGCUGGGUGAACCACACGAAUGGGGCGCAGCAAUCGAGACGAUCCAAGGAGAUCUGCUGGAGAUCUUAGUUAAACCGGCCGCAACGGCUCCAGUUGGUCAGUGGAAGUUGGACAUCGAUACAAAGUUGCUGAGCGAUGCGUUCGGUAAAAGUUAUUCACUUCCCCAGGCGUUCUACGUACUCUUCAAUCCCUGGUGUUCGGAUGAUCUGGUGUACAUGGAAGAUAAAGCACACCGGCACGAGUACGUGAUGAGCGACACGACACUCAUCUAUCGAGGAUCGUACAACCGGGUGCGUCCUUCAGUGUGGAAGUUUGGCCAGUUUGAAAAACACAUCCUGGACUGCUCGCUGUUGUUGAUUGCAAAAAUCGGUAAGGUUAGUGCAACGCAUCGUGGCGACCCGGUACGGGUGUGUCGUGCCAUCUCGGCAGCUGUGAACUCACCGGACGAUGAUGGAGCGUUGCUGGGUAACUGGAGUACAGACUACUCGGGCGGAACUCCUCCUACGAAGUGGGUUGGUUCGGUGGAGAUUAUGCAACAAUUCUACAAGAAGCAGAAACCGGUCAAGUUUGCGCAGUGUUGGGUGUUUGCCGGUGUUGUAUCAACGAUUGCUCGCGCAAUUGGAAUACCGUCCCGGGUGGUUACGAACUACUCCUCAGCGCAUGACACACAAGCCUCACUGACGGUGGAUUACUUCGUAGACAAGAGUGGUAAAAUUAUGGAAGAGAUGAAUGCCGACUCGAUCUGGAACUAUCACGUGUGGAACGAGGUAUGGAUGCAACGACCCGAUCUGGGCAUCAGCUCCGACGGGGACUACGGCGGAUGGCAAGCGAUCGAUGCUACACCGCAAGAAUCUUCCGACGGAAUGUAUCGCUGUGGUCCGGCCUCGGUACUAGCCGUGAAGCUUGGUGAGGUACUGAAACCGUACGACAACAAUUUCCUGUUCGCGGAAGUAAACGCCGACAAGGUGUUCUGGAGAUAUACGGGACCACAUCACCCGUUAAAGUUACUACGGAAAGAUGUGCUAGGAAUUGGGCUGUUUAUCAGCACAAAAGCAGUCGGUCGUUGGGAGCGAGAGGACAUCACCGCAAGCUAUAAGUUUGCGGAGAAAUCGGAAGAGGAACGUGCAACGAUGCUGAAAGCGUUAAAGCAAGCUAACAGCUACUUCAGCCGGUAUUAUCUGAAUGAGGAGUUUAACGAAGUGUACUUCAACUUUGAGUUGCGUGAUGAUAUCAAGAUUGGCGAAGCAUUUAGUGUGAUUUUACUGGUCAAAAAUCGAUCAUCAGAAAGUCGUCAUGUGGUCGAGGGUUCCCUGCACGUUGAUACCGUACUGUAUACGGGCAAGGAUCGAGAUAGUGUAAAGGUGGAUACGUUCUCCGUUACGCUCGAACCCGGCACCGAAGAGUUCAUACGGAUGGUGGUCGAGUUUCACGAUUAUUAUCGCAAGUUGCGCGAUCAGGCUGCAUUCAACAUUUCCUGUAUGGCCACAGUACUGGACACGGAGUUUGAAUUUUAUGCCCAGGAUGAUUUCCGUGUGCGUAAACCAGAUAUAAAGAUAUCACUGCUCGGAAAGCCUGUAUCUCAAGCACCUGUAGAAGUUCAGUUUACGCUUGAGAACCCACUGCCGAUACCAUUGCGCAAGGGUGUGUUCCAUGUUGAGGGAUCGGGGAUAGGAAAGCCACUGCUCUUUAAGCACCCGGAAAUAGCAGCCGGAGAAAAGGUAUCGAAUACCUUCACUAUGACACCACCCUACUCGGGACGCAUGACGCUAGCUGCCAAGUUUACCUCCAAGGAGUUGGACGAUGUCGAUGGGUUCCUGGCGUUUAUUGCACAUCCACGACCGGAAGACAUCAUCAUGGAGGUUGAAGAUAACACUAUCAUUGCCCGUACCGACGUAAUCGACUAGGGGACGCCAAAGAACUUGCCAUUAUUUAACCACUACUGAAACUACUCUCUCUUUCGCUCCUUGUCUAUGUUUUGUAUUAUCCACUAACUGCCAACAUGACGUUCGUAAUGUAUUAACAUUGUUUUGAAAAAGUAAAGUUUAUUUAAUAAAAUUAUAAUGUAAAACAAA